ACCCAGAUCCAAUGUAACAAGUCAACUACGUCUCAGUCUUUCCCUUUCUCUCUUUCUCUCUCAAUUCUGACAAAGCGUCACAAACACACAUACCCUCACAUACCACUCUCCCCCCCAUCAUAAAUUUACCGUUUUACCCUUCCCCCCAAUCCCCACAAGUACACCCCCAUUUCUUCACUCCUCCUUUUGACUCCAAAUCCCACAUCGCCGAAGAAGAACAACAAAAACACAGAGCAAAAAAAAAAAAAAAUCCGAAGCCAAAAAAAAAUGGAGCUCCGAUUAUUAACAGCUACUACGAGUACUAGUACUAGUACUAGUAGUAAUAAUACUAGUAGCUCUGCUGACGUGGCCGCACCGCCUGAAGAUCCGACCCGAAACAAAGAAACGACGGCGUCUGCUGCUGCUGCUGCGGCGGCGGCGAACGCGAAGUACAGGCUGAUGUCGCCGGCGAAGCUUCCGAUCUCGAGGUCCACGUGUCUCACGAUCCCACCUGGGCUCAGUCCGACGUCGUUUCUCGAAUCCCCUGUUCUCCUCUCCAACAUGAAGGCAGAGCCCUCUCCAACCACUGGUUCCUUUAUGAAGACUCAUAUGAUGCAUGGCCCUAUUGGUUCUACAAAUCCGGUAACUACUGUUUUCUCCAACACCAAUAUCUUCAAUGAAAGAAACUCCAGCUGCUUCGAAUUUAAACCACAUGCUUCAUCAAAUAUGGUUCCUGCAGAUUUGAACCAACAGAGAAGUGAAAAAUCUGUGCAAGCCCAAGGUCAGUGCCAACCUCAGGCAUUUGCAUCAUCACCUUCAGUGAAAAAAGAGAUGGCAGUUUCCUCAAAUGAGUUGAGUCUUGCGUCACCAGGUCACAUGGUUACUUCAGGGGCUAUUGUACCAGUUGAAGUUGAUACUGAUGAACCAAACCAUAGAGGGACCUCUAACACCGGAGUUCAAGCUUCACAAUUUGAUCAUAAAGGAAGUGGACCUUCAGUCAUUGCUGAGAGGCCAUCUGAUGAUGGAUAUAACUGGAGAAAAUAUGGACAGAAACUUGUUAAAGGAAGUGAAUUUCCACGUAGCUAUUACAAAUGUACACAUCCUAACUGUGAAGUGAAAAAGCUGUUUGAGCGCUCUCAUGAUGGACAGAUAACUGAGAUUAUCUACAAGGGGACACAUGAUCAUCCUAAACCACAACCUAGCCGUCGAUAUACUGCUGGUGCUAUUAUGGCUGUUCAAGAAGAAAGAUCUGAUAAGGCUCUAUCUUUAAAUGGUCGAGAUGAGAGGUCUGGCAUGUUUGGACAGACAUCCCAUACAGUUGAGCCAACUAGCACUCCUGACCGAUCUCCUGUUGCAGUAAAUGAUGAUAGUCUAGAUGGAGGUUCAAUGCCAAAUAGGAUCCAUGAUGAGGCUGAUGAUGAUGAUCCAUUCUCAAAGCGGAGGAAAAUGGACAUUGGCGGGGUUGAUGUCACUUCGGUGGUUAAGCCUAUCCGGGAACCACGAGUUGUUGUUCAAACUCUUAGUGAGGUAGAUAUACUGGAUGAUGGGUACCGCUGGCGCAAAUAUGGGCAGAAAGUGGUCAGAGGCAAUCCUAAUCCAAGGAGCUACUACAAGUGCACAAAUGCUGGAUGCCCUGUUAGAAAACAUGUGGAGAGAGCAUCUCAUGAUCCCAAAGCAGUUAUAACCACAUAUGAGGGGAAACACAAUCAUGAUGUACCUACUGCAAGGACUAGUAGUCAUGACACAGCAGGACCCACGGCUGUGAGUGGACCUUUGAGGAUUAGAUCAGAAGAAAAUGAUAAUGUUAGCCUUAAUCUUGGGGUUGGGAUCAACUCAGCUGUUGAGAAUAGAUCCAACGAGCAUAGGCAGGCACAUCAUUCUGAUAUUCGGGGAAGCCAAACUCACGCUAGCAGUUCACAUUAUAAUGUAGUUCAAGCCACCCCAGUCAUGACAUACUUUGGUGUUCUAAAUACUGGCAUGAGUCAGUAUGGGUCUAGAGGAAAUCCAAGUGAAAGCCUUAACAUUGGAAUUCCACCUUUAAACCAUUCCUCUUACCCAUUUCCCCAGAACAUGGGGAAAAUACUAACAGGUCCAUGAAAUUGUUUACUAUGAAAAAGCCAACAAAAAUAAGAUGCUGUGCGAUUUUUAUUUUUUUUCCCAUCCUUUUCGGCUUAAGAAGAAAAAGGCAAGAGUCUGAAGAUGAUAUUAGGAUUCCUAUACAUUUUUCUUUAAGUAUCUGAAAGCUGUUAUUGGUAUUGACUGCCCCCUGCAAAUGCCUUUGAAGUCCAAAUACAAUUUGUAUGAAGAGCUGUUCCUGGUCUUGACUGCCUCCCUGCAAAUGCCUUUGAAGUCCAAUCACUAUUUGUAUUACAUUAACUCUCGAAGAAUACAUUGUACAAAUAUGAAAUUGAGACUCGUAUGAAUUUCUGACAGAAAGACAGUACUGUAACUUAUCAAGUGCAUGUAUUGUAAGAAAUAUAGUUCUAUCUAUUGGCCUGUUUCUUAUUA